AUGUGUGGAUGGAUGAUGAUGAUUUUUCAGACGGUGGAGAUGAAGGUGAAGAUAGACUGCGAAGGAUGCGAAAGGAAGGUGAGGCGGUCACUGGAGGGAAUGAAGGGAGUGACGUCGGUGGAAGUGGAGGCGAAGAAGAGUAAGGUUACGGUGGUGGGCUAUGUUAACCCGACCAAAGUGGUGGCACGCUUAGCCUAUCGCAUGGGAAAAAAGGUGGAGCUCUGGCCUUACGUUCCUUAUGAGGUCGUUGCACAUCCCUACGCUCACGGUAUCUAUGACCGUAAAGCUCCGACAGGGUAUGUUCGUCAAGCUCAGGACCCCGCUGUCUCUCAUUUGGCCCGUGCUAGCUCAACUGAGGUCCGCUAUGCCACCGCCUUCAGCGAUGAAAACCCAACCGCUUGUGCCAUCAUGUAG